AUGAACCCAAAGAAGCAUUGUAAAGCGGUUACGUUGAGGAGUGGAGGAGUUUUAGAACAGUCAGAGGAAGAAUCAACUGAGAAAACCCCUGAUAAAUCUGAAAACCAAACAGAGGAGAGAGAGGAAGAAGCCAAAGAGGACCAGGAAGAGGAAGCAAAUAAGAAGAAGAAACUACCAGAGCUAUAUCAACCUCCUCUCGGAGAUUCCAGAAAGCCAAAUUGGAUAAGCAAGGAAUGCAGUGCCAUAUUGCAAAACAAGCUACCGCCAAAGCUGAAAGAUCCAGGAAGCUUCUCCAUACCUUAUCUUAUAGGUGACAUGAGGAUAGAUAAGGCCCUUUGUGAUCUUAUAGCAAGUGUAAGUCUAAUGCCCUUAUCAGUAUGUCAAAAGCUGGAGGUAGGAGAGCUUAAACCUAUAACAAUAUCACUACAACUGGCUGAUCGAUCUGUCAAAUACCCUGCGGGCAUUCUAAAAAAUCCCCAUCAAAGUGGGAAAAUUCUUCAUCCUAGUUGA